CAAUCCAUCAUUAUUAGACGAUAGUGAUAUUUUUAAAGCAUUAGAAGGUGAUGUGCCAUUUGAAGAGGAGGUUAUGUCAGCUUCCCAAAAAACGGCGUGCAAAAAGAGACCAACUACUCGAAGGAAACUUUUACGUCUUAAUACAAAGGAUACACCAGAAAAAUGGUUCUCCUUUGAAGCUAAACCUUUUACUAAUCAUAACAUUAAUCAAAAGCUGUUAAAGGAAUGUGGGACACGAUUGGACAGUCAGAAACUAAAGGGAAUCAAACAUUAUUUAACCCAUAAGAUGGCCCUUUAG